CACGCACAAUAAGAAAAAAAGAAUCAAAACCGUUUUACUGCACUGAGAUUUCUCUCUCUCUCUCUCUCUCUCUCGCUUUGCCGCCUCCGUCGUCUCUUUCGCUGUAGCUGUAGUAGAUUCUCCGUCAACUUCUGUGAUUCCUCCUUCAACUCGUAGUCUUAGUCUCGAAUUGAAUUUCCACUUUUCAUUUUAUGCGAUUGCUAUAGUGUUCACUGGAUUUCAGCGUUUGUUUCUUUAUUAUUCUGAUCCGAGAGAGAUGUACAGACGCUAGUUUGCUAUAGUGAUACUUUUCUAGGGUUUCGAUUGAACUGUUUUCUCUCAACUAAAAUCAAAUUGAAAGAGGAAAUGACUGAUUUAUAUGCUAUUGAUUAUGCGAUUUGUGCGUGUAUGGACGAACCAAAAGAGAUGUUUUUGUUUCUGGUGUAGCAAAGAGGGCAUGUGCGGAUGAAUCUUGUUCAUUCAUAUGAAUUCUCAAGAAGAAGAAGUAGAGCAGUGGGAAGCUCUUGACCUUGGUGACUCUGAGCUCCCUUCUUUCCUCCGCCCUUGCAAACGCAAAUCUCCAUCACGGUUGAAUCCAAAGACGGGGUUUAAUAGCAGCAACACAAACCAUCAGACUCUUCGCCGCUGCUCCUCGCUGCGUGAUCAUUCUCUUGAGGACAGUUAUCCCCGCUCUUUGAUUCCUGGACCUGCCGGUGCUGUUCAAGUUGCAAUCCGCAGAAAGAUGAAUAAGGAUCCGAAAUCUUUUGAUGAGCAGGGAGAACCGAUUCCAACGCAAGAGUUCAUAUGUAAAGCUGCGGAAGAGCCUGAUUGGGAUGACAAGGAUUUCUCUGAGGACCCUUGGCUCUCUGCUGUCGAUUACAUACGACGUCAAGGUUUGCUGAGUAACGGUGGGAAAGCUAUUGGGACACCAUUGAGCGAGAUUAAGAGCGUAUCUUGUAGUUGGGGUAAGGUCGAUCAGGUCGUGGCAAUUGUCAAAACCUGCACUCCAAAUGGUCUAGGUGAUAUCAUGGUGACUCUUAAGGAUCCCACUGGCACAAUUGAUGCCAGCGUGCACAGGAAAGUGAUAUCUGAGAGUGAGUUUGGAAGAGAUAUACGAGUUGGUGCAGUGGUCAUACUUAACAAGGUUGCAGUCUGUGCACCUUCACGGUCCUCACGCUAUCUUAACAUAACACUGAAGAACAUCGCCAAGGUUAUCACAAAGGAUACUCCUGUUUUACCAAACGAGAGCCAUUCUGAAACGAGUGCCAGGAAUCCUGUUCCAGUGAAUGAUAACGAGGAAGAUUUGCGAAUGCGAUCCAAAGUGUUUCCUGUGGAGCAAGGAACAACUCAAGGAAUCAUGAGCAGUCUCAGAAGAAAUGCCACAGAAGGAAGUGAAGCAACCGCUGAUGUAGAAAUGGAAGAAACAAAUCCAACACAGGAAAGCAACUCCUGUGGGGUGAACCAGUUUCAAGCCAGAAUGGACCAGGCCCACUUGGGAAAGCAUGAUUCAGUCAGCCAGACAGGAAUUGCAGCAAGCAGCACAACCUCACACACUCAAGAACAGCAACUGCAAGAAGAUGUGGCUACUGGAUCUGAUGAUACCGCCGAUGACAUUAGACCGGCGAAAAAGAUCAGUAGAAGUCGUGAACCUCAAGGUGGUGAGCUAGAGAGCGUAAUGGGGAACUCUGUUGAAGUUACAUCAGGAUCUAAGGUCAACAAAUCUCAGCCCAUGGCGUCUUCCAGCUUGGUGCCACAGUGGACUGACGAGCAACUUGAAGAACUCUUCGAUUUUGACUAAAAAUUGACAGUGUUUGGUUUUUUUUGAUGCAAGAACUGUUCUACUUUGCAGAUAGCAGUGAAUUCAGAAGUAAAAGUUGCGCAGAAAUGUUGAAACUAUUAACAGAAAUUUCUCUAACUCA